UUCAGCUGCCAAGCCCCUCUGUGCCAUGACACACUGCUUCUUCCUCUAAUUGAUCAACACUUCUUUUAGCAAUGGAACCUUUGAUUAAACGCCAGAGUUCUCAAAUUCUUGGUGGCUAUUCGACACACAUCCACAGACCUGUACAGAUGGACAGGGCCUAUGCCCACAGUGUCAGCGGAGGGGCAGGGGGCCAUGGGAUCAAGAUCUCCACGGCCUAUGGCACACGGGUUGGCAGCAGCUUCGGGGGUGGGUAUGACUACCAAUCCGUGUCCUCUGGGUCGAAUUCUGGAACCCUGUCCAUCACGAACGAGAAGGUAACCAUGCAACACCUGAACGACCGCCUGGCUAACUACCUGGAGACGGUGAGGAAUCUGGAGAAGGCCAACAGUGUUCUGGAAAUCAAGAUCAGAGAGACCCUCGAGAAGAGAGGCCCCUCUGAGGGGAAGGACUUCAGCAAGUACAAUGCCAUCAUCUUUGAGCUGAGGGCCAAGAUUCUUGGCAUGAUCAAGGGCAACGCACAUCUUGCUAUCUCUCUUGACAAUGCAAGUCUGGCUUCAGACGACUUCAGAGUCAAGAUGGAAUAUGAAAUGUCCAUGCGUCAGGCGGUGGAGGCUGACGUGGCCAGACUGAAGAAGCUUCUGGAUGACACCAACGUAAUUCGCCUGCACCUGGAAACCGACAUAGAGUCUCUGAAGGAAGAGUUGAUCAGCCUAAGGAAGAACCAUGAGAUGGAUGUUGCUGAGUUGCGUGCCCAGAUCACCCAGGUUGGCGUCCAUGUGGAUGUUGACGCUCCUAAAGGACAGGACCUGGCCAGGGUCAUGGAGGAGAUGAGGGCUAAGUAUGAGAAGAUAGCACUGAAGAACCAGGAGGAGCUCAAAGUAUGGCACGAAUCUCAGAUCACAGAGGUGCAGGUCCAAGUGACUGAGAGCUCAACAGCUCUGAAGGAAACCACGACUAUGAUGUCUGAGCUUAGGAGGAGGUAUCAGGGACUGGACAUUGAAAUGCAGUCUGCACUUAGUCUGAAAGCUUCCCUGGAAGCCACCCUGCGUGACAUCGAAAUGCGUUACAACAUGGAGGUGGAGAAGUACAACACGAUCAUCCUGAGGCUACAGGAGGAGCUCACUAAGAUCCGCACCGACAUCCAACACAGCACAAGAGAGUACGAGCACCUGCUCAAUAUCAAGGUCAAACUGGAGGUCGAGAUCGCUGAGUACAGGAGGCUACUGGACGGCGAGGCACACUUUAUUCUAGAGGAUGCAGUUGAUUCGAGGAUGGUCCAGACCAAAGUGGUGACAGUCACUCAGACUCUGGUGGAUGGCAAAGUGGUGUCAGAGAGCAAGGCUGUCAAAUCCAGUGAAAAGUUGGCUAACAAUUAAAACUGUGGGGAGGCAGGGAAACCCUUGGUAACAAAAAUAAAAUGAACAAUAAAAAGUGUAUCAUUA